UUGCCGGUGCCGGCCCCUUCCCCGUACUAGCAGAGCACCAGGCAGCUGCUCUGGUGAAUUCCAUCCCAACAGAGAGACCGCUUCCUUCCCUCGAUCUCAGAUUCUUUUUGCGUGCGCAAGUUGUUAAAUUGGCACACGACCUCUGCUUUUGGAGAGGCCAGAGUGAGAGGCAUAUACGGUUUACUGGUGCGGCGGGGCCGCCGCUUUUUCGGCUGUGGCCUCUCCCCGUCCCUCCCAUUGGAGCGCGCAAAGCUGGGCGGCACCAUUUAAAGAAGCAAACUGCAUUCCACCACCACCACCACCAUCGCCACCAAGCACACCGCCGCACCACACGAUCCAACGCGCACCUGGUGAGGGAGGCAGGCGAGGAUCAAACCGGCUGGAGCUUGGCUUCUCCGGUGGGGGUCCCUGCCUGCUGCCGGGCGAGAGCAGAUAGUAGAUCGGAUUUGGCCUGGGUUCUUGGUGCACUAGCCAAAACUCGUUCAGAUUGUGUGAAAAUGCAGUGCAACCUGUAGCUAGUUAAACUGACCUCUCAUCUGAUACUGCCAUUUCAUAAGUUGUUUGGAGCUCAGAGAGCUUUCUUAUAGGCUGGAAAUUCCUAAAUCUGUUCUGGAAAAUUUGCUCUGCUUGCAAAUGGCAGACGAUCCUAAUAUGAAUUUUGGGGCGUUUUCCCAAUCACUCUGCAACCAGCAUGUAGUUUCAUUUCAGCCAAGCCCAACCACUAGUGGGUCAGGAAGCAUGCCAGCGUACCUGGAUUGUUCCACUGGAAUGGAUGCCAGCGUGGGGAUGUUGAGCAGCACACCUUCAGUGGUUGUUUCUACUGGUUCAUCUAAUUUGCCAGCUGAUCCCGGACCCAACCUCAAAUACGGAGCGCCGCUGGCUGCGGAUUGGACACAUCUUGAGCUUCAAAUUCUGAGAGAUGGCCUGGAGAAAUAUGUUCAUGAACAAGGCAUCAUGAAGUAUAUAAAGAUAGCAGCAUCAUUACCAAACAAGACAGUAAGAGACGUUGCAAUGAGGUGCCAAUGGGUAGGGAAGAAAGUAAAUACAAGGCGAAGGAAGCCCCAAGAACACCAUACAGGCAGAAAUAUAAAAGAAAGAAAGGAUAAAUUUGUAGAGCCUGCACUAUGGGGAGCAAAUCGUCCUCUUCAAACUGGCAUGAGAGCCAAUUCAUUUGUGCCGCAUAAUGUUCAAAACAAUCUGUUUGUAUCUGGAGCCUCUGAGAUAGACCGUCCAGUGCAGCAUCUACUGGAGGAAAAUAAUUGGCUUCUUAAUCAAAUAGAAACAAAUAUUCUGACAUUUCAGGCUCAGAACAACAUUGAUCUCUUCCAUCGGGCAAAGAGGAACAUUAAUGAUCUUCAACAUAUCACUACCCAACUGCCUGGAAUGAGUACCAAGAUGCCUCCGCUUCGCGUCUCAGUGAAUGAAAGUCUUGCUAGCUUCGUGCUUCCUGGCAUUUCAAUGGACCAAGUUCUUGGAAGCAACCAUUUGAAGGAGGAGCCAAGAGGAUGGUAGGUCACUGCCAGCAAGUUUCAGUUUAGGCAGACUUUUAUCAGUAGAUCGAUGGACCAUAUGGAGAAGUACUGCUUCAUUUUGCUCACCAAAUGGCGAUCGAUAGGGCCGCCAUUCAGCCAGGAUCCCUGCUUUCUCUAUCUGGAAGCAAAAGGAGAGGUCACUGAAACCAUUCUGCUGCCCCGGCCUCCAAACUGCCCUCUGCAACAUGCCUUAAACAUUGGUGGCUGGACAGACGUGGGUUUCAGGAACUGCAGUUUUUCUGGCAUUGCUGCACCUGUAAAUAACUUCGAUUCUUUUGUGUUCCUCCUUAAGAUGGUAGGGUAAAUAGAUGUAGCAGAGGAAGUUCACAAGAACUAGCUAAACAGUUCCUUCAGAAGAACUAGCUACAUAGCAAUUAGCAAGAAUGAAAGCCCUUUUUGCUGGUCGCCA